CAAUCCAUCACUAUCGUGUUUUCUCCUCCGACAACACUGUCUGAGACUCCGAGGAAGAGAACGAUAGAAAAUGGAGAGCAGCGAGGAAGAAGACGACUUACCCUCCAUCGAAAGCAUAACUCCUCAAUCAAAGAUCGAUUCCGUUCACCAGUCUCUCACCGAAAAGGGAAUUAGAAAGCUGUGCUGUGAGCUUUUGGAUUUAAAGGAUGCUGUGGAGAAUAUGUGCGGUGAUAUGCGUACCAAGUACCUCGCUUUCUUGAGAAUAUCUGAAGAAGCAGUGGAGAUGGAGCAUGAGUUGGUAGAGCUGCGGAAGCAUAUAUCUUCCCAGGGGAUACUUGUGCAGGAUCUGAUGUCUGGACUCGCCCGCGAGAUGGAUGAAUGGAAGCGAUCCUCUGGUGGUGAUGCAGAUGAGUCAGAUAACUCUGAGGAUAAUGAUCCAUUCCCUAAUGAACUAACCGAUCCAAAGUCUGAGUUCCUAGAGAAGAUUGACAUUCUGUUAGCUGAACAUAAAGUUGACGAAGCACUUGAAGCGAUAGACUCCGAGGAAAGAAACAACCCGGAACUCAAAGGAUCAUCAGGUGACACGUCAUCUUACAAGUCUGCUUUUACCGAAAGAAAAGCUGUUCUCGAGGAUCAGCUCCUUAGGAUAGCUAAACAACCUUCAGUCAGCGUCUCCGAGUUGAAGCACGCGUCGAACGGUCUGAUCAGAUUAGGGAAAGGACCUUCAGCUCACCAACUCCUUCUAAAGCAUUACGCCACAAGCCUCCGCAGAAGAAUCGAAGCCUUCCUCCCUUCGUGUUCCUCCUGCCCUAACACGUUCCCCGCCACGCUCUCCAAGCUCGUCUUCUCCAACAUCUCGCUUGCCGCGAAAGAAUCCACAGCUCUGUUUGGUGAUGAUGACAACCCCGCGUACUCAAACAAGGUCGUUCAGUGGGCGGAGAGGGAAGUGGAGUAUCUGGUUCGGUUGGUUAAAGAGAACGCGGCUCCUUCUGAAACGGUUUAUGCAUUGCGUGCGGCCAGCGUGUGUCUUCAAGACUGUCUUAACUACUGCAAAGCGUUGGAGCCGCAGGGGUUGAUUCUGUCUAAGCUCUUCUUGGUGCUGUUCCGGCCUUACGUUGAGGAAGUGCUGGAGCUGAACUUUAGACGGGCGAGGAAGGUUAUCUUUGACUUGAACGAAACCGACGAGGGGUUGGUGGAAUCUUCGUCUUCUGGCUUCGUGGCCGUGUUAUCUGAGUUUGCAAUCGCUUCGGACACGACUAUGACUGAUUGUAGCAUUCGGUUCAUGCAGAUUGUUCAAGACAUACUUGAGCAGUUAACACAUGUAGCUGUGUUACACUUUGGAGAAAGUGUGUUAGCGAGGGUUCUGCAGCUCUAUGACAAAUACAUCGACUUUCUGAUCAAGGCCUUGCCUGGCCACGCAGACGAAGACGGUCUUCCGGAGCUUCAAGACCACACCAUCCUCACCAGAGCCGAGACGGAUUCAGAACAGCUCGCUCUUCUCGGAGCUGCGUUCACAAUACUCGACGAGCUCUUACCAAAAUCACUUGUUAAAGUCUGGAAUCUCGAGGUUGAAAACGGCGGAGGAGAUGGUGGUGGUAGUCCUUCUCUGAUCAGUAGCUCUGCACCGGAGUUGAAAGAAUGGAAACGACACAUGGCUCAGUCGUUCGACAAACUCAGAAACUACUUCUGUCUGCAGUUUGUUUUGAGCUUCAUCUACUCUAGGGAAGGACUAACACGGCUAGAUUCGCUCAUCUAUUUAACAGAGACGCCAGAUGACUUGCAUCUUCCUUCUCUACCGUUUCAGGCGUUGUUCUCUAAGCUGCAACAGUUAGCUAUCAUCGCUGGGGAUGUUCUGCUUGGGAAAGAGAAACUGCAAAAGAUUCUACUGGCGAGACUAACCGAGACGGUUAUAAUCUGGCUAUCAAACGAGCAGGAGUUUUGGAGUGCGUUUGAGGAUGAGUCAACUCCACUUCAGGCGUCUGGGUUGCAACAGUUGAUACUGGACAUGAACUUCACAGUGGAGAUAGCCAGGUUCGCGGGUUAUCCAUUUAAAGUGGUGCAGAACCAUGCGUCCGUGGUGAUCAACAGAGCCAUCAACAUAUUCUCCUCAAGAGGCAUCAACCCACAAAGCUCACUCCCGAAGGCGGAGUGGUUCACGGAAGCAGCUAAGUCAGCUAUCAACAGGCUGCUCAUGGGCUCUGAUGAAGCUUCAGAAGCGGAAGAAGAAGACGAAUAUGAGCGUGAAGAAGAAGAGGGAGAGGGAGACGGUCACAUUGUCCUCCCUGAGAUUGACGACGAUGAUGAACACUCAGAGUCCCUAGAAACGUCUUCGCUUUCAACAAUGGACUCGUUCGAAUCGUUUGCCUCUGCGAGCAUGGCUGACCUCGAGAGUCCCAGCUUCACCGAUUCUGAGUCUUGAGUCCUGAGUCCUCACCAGUCUUGUCUUUUUUUUUUGUUAUAUUAAUGUAAGAUGUUGUCGGACGUAUAACUUGGUUUAGCAAUAUUAGAUUAUUAUAUCCGGUUAA